UACGGUUUCUAUUCCAUUGAAUUCGUCUGCCCAGGCUGUGCCAUUAUCAGAUCAUGGGUUCGGUCAUCAUGUGCAUUAUACCGCUCCCCCCGGCAGCAAUGAGUUACCGGGCCAAGAGGUCGUCAUGGUCUAUGACGGCCCAAAGACAUGCCCUAUGGUUGCAGAUAAUGUCAGGAGGUAUGAGAGGUGCCAUUUCCGGAACCCCGACGUCACCGAUGUUACUGUCCGUGCUAUGACAAUGGGUGCGCAUGAGGAUGGACCGCGUUCGUGCACCCGGAAGGUGCCCGCUAUUUUGUGAACCAAGAAACAAGAACAUUUACAGAAAUGAAUGUUUGUGAACCAGACAUAUGCGAUGAUAUCGAAUACUUCAUGCAAAUUUUGCUGGGUGACCUCGAGCGGACUAUCGAGGGAGGGGACCUCUCACUGAUGAAGGAGGUGGACCUUGUGGUUGAGCCCAAGAGCUUUGAUGGCGAGUCUGUUGUCUGUUGCUAUUAUUUCGCCAAUCACCGCGACCGAUGUCUCUUUUGGUUGGAUGACUUCAAUCCCGAACGUAUUAUCUCAGAAUGUAAAGGCAUCCGAAGCCCCUCGCAUUUAUGGUUUGCCAUUGAAGCACAAUACUGGAGACAUUGGGAUUACUUUCCUAGCCUGUGCCCGGUUACAGAAAGCAUUGUCGAUGAGCUCAAGGAUAUGUUGAUACAUGCGACAUGUGACCACUUAACAUCGCUGGGUUCUUCUGCGGCAUUUGAUGCCAUUGAAAUCAAGGAUCAUCUUUCUGUUGUUGACAAAAUCAAGGUCCGUCCCACUCCCCCUACCCCCCCUACGCACCAGAGUAUGCGACGAGGUCACGCUGCUAUCGUCAUUGGCCGCAUCAUGUAUACACUCAGUCAGUGCUCUCUCAUUUAUACAUCUAGCUGUAAUUCACGUUCAUUUGAAGCUCAUAAUCACUUCGUGAAUUACCACGGUGAAGACUGCGUGAGGCUGAUGUUUGAACAAUCGGUCCACGGUUGGACAUAUAAACCAUCACCGUUAAUGGUUAUUCUCGCACCCCUUCUGUUCUUUGACCCCGUGGCUCAAGUCCGGGAACUGCACAAGAUUUUUGUCGACGAGGUUGCUCACACGGCACGGUGGAAUGCAUUCUGUUCAAACUUCAAAGGGCAGCUUCAGGACUCCAACCUCUUGGCCACUGUCUUGCUCAAUGCCAACGUCGGGUUUCUUGCCAUCAACACUGUUGAUAAGGGCGGUAGAGAUGCUAUUCAGCUGGCAAGCUACAUGUCCUUGGUGACGAGCUUGGGGAGCAUAGUCCUCGGCCUGUUCUUUGUUUCACAUAAUCGAACUUCUGGACAAAAUACAGCCCUGGAUGCAGCAGUAUUUCUGGGAAAACUUCACAAUGGAACACACGGAAUGGAAAAGCUGGCCAUAAUUUAUAGCCUCCCCAAGGCAUUGCUGAUGUGGGGUAUGGCCUUCUUCUUUGCGGCGUUCUCGAUCGAUUGGUGGACUUCUGGAGAUAUGACUUCCAAGACCAUUGUUGGUACUGUGACGCUGGUCGUAUUGGUGAUGCUUUCAAACAGCAUCAUUCUCACCAGGGAAGGAGCAAAGUGGUCGUGGCGGCCAACCUGGCGGCUGUGUGGAGACAUCGUCCAGGGACUGUCGUCUCGUCUGGCUGAUGCUUGGAAGCAAGUCGUGGUGUUCGGCCAAAUAGAUCCUCGAACCCAUUCUGACGCGAUUGACCUUGUUACUUCCGUUGGCCUCUCUGCUGAGGCGGAUGCUCAAAUGCGCAGCACCUCUUAUAUUACAACAUUUCCUAGUUCAGAAAUACCGGGCCCGGACAAGUAUGAAAAUCGCCCCGACUCCCCUAUCCCCCCGGUUCGGCCAGGCCACCCCACCGCUUCCGUAGAUACACCUCAGCAACCACAUACUGGCAACUUCGUACUGCCAUCAUCGGGUUCACGCACUAGCACAGGUGUUCUGUCACGCGCAGGCUCUUUGCAACAGAUUCGAGAAAAUACCCAAACGGUCUUCCAGGACCAUUCUACCACGGAGACUCGCUGCGGGUCUGGUAGUGCCCCCUUGUGCGUGCACGUUAACACAUUGCCAAGCUCUGCAUCAGAAGGGAUGGUUGGGACACUGGCCAAUGCAUUACGGCAUUCUGAUGCUCUCCCAGCCACGGCCACCAUCAUGUCCAAGCAUGGAUUACAGAGUGCAGCGGAAGACAUCAACACGGGCGCACCCAUAUCUCCUGAUUCAUUUGGUACAGAAGAAAGGGAAGGUGUAACAUACACCAAGAACGUGGUCGAAGAGCCUAGGGAACUCGAACAUCCUCAACCUUCGUCGAGCACAACGCCACCUCCAAAAAUCUAUGCUAGAAGCGCCACUGGUGACCAUUUCCAUCAUGCGCCAGGGGCUCCGCAGGCGACGCUGCUUGAAGCUGGCCAUGACAUAGUAGAGGAGUGCCACGAGUAGGAAUACAUACUUGCUCUGGCCUGCAGGGUCGCCAUGGCAGAUCGUGAAGGACAUGAGGGCUGUCGAGCUCGUGGCCGUUGUUCAAGCUUCAA